UGCGGUAAUGAAAAAUACAAGUUGUCCAAGCAAGAUGGCGACUUGUCUUCACCUAUGUUAUUUGUUGGGACUAUUUACAACUGUGGUCGGACUACCAGAGCUUGGUGUUUGGACGGUUCAGUAUGACCAGGAUAACAUCAUUCAUGGAUUUACCAAGAGUGCCUUUACGAAAACAAAGAUAUCACUUUCAAUAUCUUGCAGUAAUGCCGAAGAUGUUGAAGUAAGAUGGCUGAUACGAUACUCUCCAUGUGCCCAAGAGUAUGAUGGGGUUGAAGCUGAUAAGGAUCGCCUAUCGAGCUACUUGUUUGCCCCGUAUAUCCAGUAUGUCGUGGAAUUUGACUAUGCUUCCAUUGAAAUGUUGGCCAACAGCACCCGGAUCGACUGUAGCGACGGUCAAGUCAAUCUACCGGAUUACUCUCAUCUCGAGCCAAAGAUAGUCCCAACUAUUAAAGUGUCACAGCCUGGGUCGACCAAAGAAGCAACUACAGCAGCAUCAGCAACGGCAGCACCUGCAGCAACAGCAGCACCAACAGCAGCACCACCAAACCCAGCAACAAGACGGCGUCGAGCUGCUGUCACAGACACGAAUACAACAGCCCCUGUCGCCCCAGUAACUCAACACCCAUCGGAUGAGAUUGACCACCAUGUGUUUACGCAGUUGUGGAAAGAUGGCUACUAUGUCUUUGUGCUGCAGCUGCGACCCCUUCCCAUUAAUGCUUCCAAGGAUUUCAAAGCUGAAGUGACUGUACGAAUGCCUGGUCCUCAUGGCUACAUCUCGGCAGUCGAGUACCCGCUGGAAAUUUUCUACGGCAUCAUGGGCCUUGUGUACAUUGUGUAUGGCCUUGUCUGGCUGGGGCUGCUCGCCUGCAAUUGGCUCGAUCUGCUUCGGGUACAGUUCUGGAUCGAGGGUGUCAUUGUUUUAGGCAUGUUGGAGAAAGCUGUCUUCUUCGCAGAGUAUGAGAGCAUAGCCAAGAGUGGGCUGUCAGUUACUGGAGCUGUCAUUGUUGCUGAGCUUGUGUCGUCCAUGAAGAGAGCACUGGCCAGGAUGUUGGUUAUCGUCGUCAGCCUUGGUUUUGGCAUUGUCAAACCACGCCUGGGGGAGACUUUCCACAAGGUAUUGUGUGUGGGCGUCAUGUACUUCACCCUGGGCUCCAUCGAAGGAUGCAUGAGAGCUCUGAAGGCUAAGAGCGACCAGUCCAAUGAGUUGAUGCUGGCAGCUGUACCACUAGCUGUGUUAGAUGCGGUCAUCUGUUGGUGGAUUUUCUCCAGUCUUGUCCAGACAACUAGGACGCUGAGACUGAGGCGGAACAUUGUGAAACUCUCUCUCUACAGACACUUCACAAACACCCUCAUAUUCGCUGUGCUAGCCUCUAUUGCCUACAUGAUCUGGUCCAUCACACAGCACAAGAUGAAGGCUUGCAUCACGGACUGGCGUGAGCUGUGGGUGGACGAGGCAUUCUGGCACCUGCUCUUUUCUGUGCUGCUUCUGAUCAUUAUGAUCCUGUGGAGGCCCACAGCCAACAACCAGAGGUAUGCCUUCUCCCCACUGUUGGACGCUGCUGAGGAUGAAGUAGACGAUGACACUGUUAUGAAUGAUGCUUUCGACGGAAUGAAGAUGAGGUCCAAGACCUAUUCGAAUGGAUCCCCCAAGCAGAAGGACACCAGGUCCAAAUCAGUGGAUGAUGACCUAAGAUGGGUUGAGGAAAACAUCCCAUCAUCACUGUCUGACAAAGCCUUACCAAGCCUUCUGGACUCGGAUGAAGAGCUGCAGAACACCCACUUUGAGAUUUCCAAGAUGGAGUAGAGGGUUAUCUAACCUUUUAAGUGUGAAUUACACCAAUCCUUGCAAGACAUCAACUGUACAUACUAUAACACUUCCAGUUUGUCAAUCAUCUUCUUCAGGGGUUUGGGACGUGGCUGAAGUGAGGAUUUAUGCAGCAAGUUUGCAAUAGGGCUUUAAGCAUUACAUUACACCAUACUGAAUGUCGGUAAUCUUGGCCAGGGUAAGAAUGAUAGGCUAGUUUGAGCUGCAGAUCUAUUACCAUGUGUUAAGUUGUACAUGACAAUAGGGCAUUACAGCCACAUCCUUAGAUGCUUACGUUCACACUUCUGAAGUAGAUCUUUGGCAAAACUUCAGUCAGUGAUGGAAGACAAAUAACAGCAUUCAGUCACUACAACUUAAUAUUUAUUGAGUGUCUGUUAUUGUUUACACGGCAUAUACACUGUGUUAUAAAACUUGCCCUGAUCAUCUGCACUGUCAGCAGUUUUGACCAUGCUUGUCAGUUUCAUCAGAAUGGCCUGUGGUACAGUUGGUGUCUCCCCAGACUACCCUGUAACCUCAUAUACUGUCAUCUCUCUAUGGUAACAUGCUCAUAGGAAUAGCUUUUUAAGAUGACACAAGUAUUUCAAAGUGUUGAAGAUAUUGUUUUUCAGUGAGAUCAGCAAACCUGCCCAGUACAAUGGUUAACAUCCAGAUGUCCAGGGUCCGUACAGGUGUACCAUCUAAUAGUUUAAGUACCAUCUUGUAUUGAUUGUACCAUCUAAUAGUUGAUGUACCAUCUUGUAUUGAUUGUACCAUCUAAUAGUUGAUGUACCAUCUUGUAUUGGAUGUACCAUCUAAUUGUUGAUGUACCAUCUUGUAUUGAUUGUACCAUCUAAUAGUUGAUGUACCAUCUUGUAUUGAUUGUACCAUCUAAUAGUUCAUGUACCAAUCUUGUAUUGGAUGCACUGUCAUAAUAAUGGAUAUCUGUAAACACAAAUAGGUUAUGGUGUUGUAGUAUUUAUGAUGGGAAUAAAGGGUACCUGAUACAACAGUGCUCUCUGAACAUGUGCAGGUACCUGAUACAACAGUGCUCUCUGAACAUGUGAUAUAUACAUGUUAGAUUUUAAGAGCCCUCGUAGAAUUUUAUGCGCUCAAAAUACAAUCACCAGGGACCAAAGGUAAUGCCGAAUUACUGAACAGCUGUUCUGUACUGUAGCCAUUAUGGUCUAUAUAUUGAUUGCGUUGCAUGUUUGUCUGAAUCAGAUUGGCUAAACUGUGGGUGAAUGUACUCGAUCUUGGUCUAAUGUGGAGCCAUUCAUUGAAUGGGUCUCCUUGAUGGGAGUGAGUUUUUGUUGCCUCCAAAUUUCAGCGGGACAAAUACUCUUGGUAUGCAGUUAAUUAAUUGGUCUGUGAAAUAUAACUGAUUUGGUUACAGGGGAAUGUAUGUAAUUCUAAUCCAAAUGCCAUUAAUGAUGUAUAAUUGCUUGAAGUAAUCCGUACAAUCGAUAUCCAUGUUGAAACAGAUGAAUGGUGCUUGGUGUAAGAGGUUGUAGUCCACUUGCUCUGUUGUCAGCUGUGUAACGUGUGGGAUAUGUAGUGGUUGUAUGUCUGUGUGGGAGUCCUGUCAGUGUAAAGUAGCUCAAAGAUGUAAAGCAGUACUUCAACCUGUCCAUUAUGUCAGCAUACCUGUUCCAGUUUCCCCACAGCAGGUGCUUUCAGGCAUUUGACACAGAGAUGUAAACAAUAUUUAAAUGCUCACUUUGUAUUGGGAUGUUUUCCAUGUUCUAAAUCUGUUCAAAUUCUUGAGUCAGUUGCCUAGGUUUCUUUUUGAAGGUUGUUCGUAAUAUAUAACAUAUAUAUGUUUAAAUUGUUUUAUAUCUGUCGUUUAAUUCACAUUAGCAUAUAUAUUUUAUAAUGGUGUGUCCUACCAUUUAUAUUGCCAUGUUUGAGGCAGUUUUCUGGUGAUAAGGUUUCCCACAAGGAGGAACAGGAUUUAAAAGUAUAGUCAACUUAUUUUUGACAAAAGACUUAUCCAUAACCUGUUAAUUAUUUGAUUUCCAUCCCUGCCCAUGUUACUACUAUUUUUUUCCCAAGUGUCUACAGGCAAAGAAAAUAUAUUUAUUUCAAACACAAUGUUCAAGCCAUGUACAUGGUGUAGAUUAAAUAUCGCAUGAAUGUUUUGUCAAUUGAAAUAAGAUCAGAUCUUAUUUAGUCUCGAAGUAGUGAGAACUGCGAUCUUGUUUUAAUGACAGUGAUGUUUGGUAGGACUAGCGUGUAUUUCAUCUAAGUAGCAAACAUAAACAAUAAGAUGUCACCUGUUUCACAGAUUUCACAACAGUGAAAGAGGAUAUAUUAAUGAAUCUCUUGUGGCCAGACUUGUCAUCUGCUAAAACUUUCGUGAAAAUCACAUUCAACAUAAAACCUAUAACAUGAUUUUCCUUGUAAGAAGAACCAAAGAGGCCAAACAUUUUGAAAUCUGAUUAUCGAGUUCAUCAGUGCGACUCCGAAUGAAGCAGCAUUAUCAUGUGGCUUGUGUAGUUGGUGAAUAUGAUAUACUAUUGAAAAUAUAUUGGACAAUAAAUCCUACCAAAUAUUAUUCCUGUCCUGUUAAACUUGUGCCCAAUUUUAGAAGUCUGUUCCAUAAUGUUUAUGUUGUACAUAACUUCUUAUUUUGCCUUCUUCAUUAUUUCUCUUUGUUUGAUGUGUGUAUAUAUGUUUAUUAUGCUGCGGAAACUAGAAACAGCUGAUCCAGCAGGAUGACACGCCCCUGCUGAUGUGGGGCAGGAUGACACGCCCCUGCUGAUGUGGUGCAGGAUGACACGCCCCUGCUGAUGUGGGGCAGGGUGACACGCCCCUGCUGAUGUGGGGCAGGGUGACACGCCCCUACUGAUGUGGGGCAGGAAAUGCUUUUACACCUGCUUUACCAACAUUAGAAGGGCAUGGCAAGCCCACUGGUCUUUUGAUUGUAAUUGUGUUGUUGUCUUUGAAUUAUGAUGUUUUGUACAAUAUUUGUGAAACUACUGGUACUCAUACCACUGGCUUUCAUAUAUCCUUCUUCCACCUGAUGUAUUUGUCAUGGAGAUGGCCUCUACACGUCAUAUGGUUUGGGUACUUGCGUACUAUUUUUUCAAUUGAAUAUCACCUGGGAAUUAAUAUUCAGUUAUAUCAUGAAGCAGAAUUAUAUAUUUGAUGUACACUGCAGUAAGUCUCAGUGUCUGGAUCUGUCAGUUUGACAUUGCAAAUACUUGAACCUUGACCUACAUGGUUUUUUUCCAAAACACUUUGUUUUUAGUUUGUUCAUUCAUUUCAAAUUGUACAAUGCAUUGGUAACUGGAGAAGUGUGACAUGACAUUAAGUGUUACACUGGUGCGUUGAGGACUGUAUAUAUAUACAUGUACCAGUAUAUAUAGGAGGCCGUCGGAGAGAUUCCCUCUAGUCCUAUGUGUCUUGUCUUUGUUGGGUUGUGUAAAUAUGUACAGUGUGCACCACACCUCCAGCUGAUUGGAUUGUCUGUAUCAUAAUGUUGUGUUCAGUAAGCAGCGGUGACCAUGUGGUCAUCGUGUGAUGGGAUGAUCUGCCAACAUAGGUAGUGGGUGGAGCCCGGCAUAUGGCCGGAAGAAUGCCGUGCUUGGCUGCUCUCAAUCACUCACUCGUGCUCACGCUCUGCUUUCAGCUUCAUGUGUAACCAAAUAAGUUAAAGCCAUGCUUUGCAAUCAUUCCUUGGUUUUGGUUGUUAAAAUAUGAGUACACUUUGCUUUGCAAUUAUUGCCUUCAAUAUAUUGAACACUUCAUUGAUAAAUCAACCCAGUAAACCAUGCUUACUGCGGGGGUUUGACAACAGCAGUAUAUAUGAGCAAGGGCAUGGUGUGUUACAGUAUAUACAACUUGCCAAACUUUGUAUGCUUUGGGAUUAUGUGAUUUGUGAACGGAUAUUGUUUAAGUGAUAAUUAUCACUGCUAAAUUUUGUUGGUCAGCUCGACAUAUCAGAAUUUGAACCCAAUACUCCAUUUUGGUGUCUGUAUAUUUGUUUCAUUGUGUGACCAUGCAUAAUAUAUUGUAUACCUGAUCUGUGGGAUGUAUGUAUGUGACGAAGGGCUGCAGUACAACACGUGCAGCCAGGAGACCAGUUACUCCAUCUACAACUAUCUGUAUAAUAUUGUGUGAGCCAGGUGUGUAUGUAAUUCUGGUUCUUAUAAUCAAAUUGCUGCUCUCUGUUGCUGUGAAUGUUGAAUAACAGGCGUAUCCACACAGGUUCCACAAAAUGUAACUGAAUUUGUUCAUUUGUGGGGUACGUCAGCAUGUAAUUUGCUGUUUGUUGAACAUCCACAAAUGUAGUGUGCUGUUUGUUGAAAAUCCACAGAUUCUUUUACAGCGGGAUGAUAUAUCUAAUACAGAUGUGUUUAUUUAAUGUUUGAUAAAAGAUAUGUAAGAUUUGCAAUGGACAAUAUGUGUUUCUUUCUUCUAUUAGGUCAUGUCACUUAAUAUUUAACUUUAAGAUGACAUUCUGGAAGGCAGAACUAUAUUUUGCUUUGGUGGUGUAUUGAUGUUACUAACUUUUGAAGGUUAAAAUAUGUUUACGUUUUCUGCAUCUGAAAGUUUGUGACAUUAGUCAGAAUCAGUUUCUCUCUAAAACAGUGAAAGUAGAUCAGAAUGUAAAGGGGUAUUCUGACUUUCACAGUCACAAAUAGGUUUUCACUUCUUGUAGAUACUUCCAGUUUCUUCUCGGCUUUGUUUUAUCAGUAAAUUGACAGUUGUAGCUUAUUUUUUUAAUUAUAAUUU